GUGGGCGUGGCACAUGGCACAGCUGCGCGCUCCAAAAUCAAAAUACACUACUUACACUAGUGAGGAAUGACUUUUGUGACCAUUUUAAUGGUUCGAUGAAAAUCUUCAACAUUAAAACUUGCACUGCAAGUCAACUAACCAGCAACCAACCUUCUUGCUGCGCUUCUUCCUGUGCAAUUUUUAAUUAUUUUUAGUAAAAAAUGAUAAUGAAUUCAACAAGAAUCAUGUGCCGCUACAAACAACUGACCGACUGGCUCGCGACGAAGUUCCUCUUUCGGAAACCCGCAGGCCGGACGAUGUCCUACGUUCGCCCCGGAACCGAAUUAGACACGGCGUAUUUGUGCAACCCGGACAACCUGGCAGAAAUUGAAGACAAUGUGAAGCGAAGAGACGCUUUGGGCGACAUCCGAUUUGUCCAGCAACUCUACCAAGACUUUCAGUCAUCAAAAAGUGACAAGGCUUGGAGCAAGUUCAUGUCAGAGGCCAUCAAAAUACCGAAUCGGACUCUGGAACAUAGACCAGAAAACAAGCAAAUUAAGAUUGUUGGUGAGGCUAGGAUGGGCCAUAAAUUCAGCAAGUUCGCUGACAUCGCCAAUAAAUACAACUGGUGUCGAACGGAGAACUUGGGAAACUUCUGUGGACCUCGUAGCUACUAUUUCUUCGGAGAACUCGUCGAACUCGAGCAAGCCUUGAUUGAGCUGGCCGUGCAAAAACUUUUGAGUCAUAAUUUUCACUUGGUCAGUGUCCCAGACAUUUUGCCAGCAGAAGCUAUCGAGAGCUGUGGAAUGCCAACGACUGGACAAAGAAACCAAGUCUUUCGCUUAAAUGAGCAGCAUGGACCUAACCUCUGCCUAUCCGGAACUGCAGAAAUGGGAUUGGGUGCUCGAUUUAUGGACAAGAAAAUUCCUCAAGAAAAACUUCCGUACAAAGUGGCUGCGAUCAGUCGGUGUUUCCGAGCGGAAACUUCUAACUUAGUUGAGGAACGAGGACUGUACAGGGUGCACCAAUUUACCAAGGUGGAGAUGUUCGCCCUGACCGAAGGCAAUCUCCAAAGUUCACAGGCCGUGCAGAACGAAUUCAUCGAAUUGCAGACUGAUUUUUUCGAAUCGCUGAAUUUGCACUUCAGAGUGCUGGACAUGGCGUCCAACGAACUCGGCAACCCUGCCCUGAGGAAGGUCGAUCUGGAGGCGUGGAUGCUGGGAAGGCAAAUGUGGGGCGAGUUGUGUUCGUGCUCCGACUGCACCGACUUCCAGAGCCGCCGACUGAACAUUCGAGUUGCUGAAACUGGACAGUUUGUGCACACAGUGAAUGGGACGGCCCUGGCUGUUCCCAGAACCUUGAUGGCUCUGGUUGAGAACAACCAAAAUCGGAAAAUACAUGUUGUUGUGCCUGAUGCCCUCAGGGAAAUAAUGCAGAGAGAUUUACUUGGCCAAGGCUGUGUGAAAAUGCCGAUAAUCAAAGUUAGUAAAAAAUUGGAUGGCAAGAUAGAUGGCAUAUAAAAUUUCAAUGCAACUUUUCUUGUAAUGAAAAUAAAACUGUCAUUUUCAUUUAAAAUUUUAAAAUAGAAAAGGUCAUUGUUUUUUUAUUGUAUAUGAUUGCUCUGGCAAACUUAAAAGUUAUAUUUAACAAUAUUUUUUAAUUAAUAUUAUUUUCAAAUUUAA